AUGUCUAUGGUUUCAGUGGAAGAAGAAACUGAGCUUCAAAACUAUAUAGAAGGAAAAUGUUUAACUUUUAAUGAGAAAGAUAAAGAAAAGUUUGACAUUCUUUGUUGGUGGAAACAUAAUGUUGGUCAAUACCUAAUUUUGUCUCAAAUAGUUAGAGAUAUCAUGCCCACGCCAGUUUCAACCGUGGCUUUUGAGAGUGAUUUUAGCACGUGUGGGAGGGUUUUAGAGUUAUAUAGAAGCUCACUCAAACUAGAAAUGGAAGAGGCACUAAUUUGUGCUCAGAAUUGGUUGAGGUCUUUCUUUUACCAAUUUAAAGACUUGGAAUUCAACGAGGAGUAUGAGAUUUUUGAAGAUUUUUUACAAGGAUUUACUGAAACUUCAGCCGGAAGUGGGGCCCCGUCAUCCUCUCCGACUCAGUUGUUGAAGGUGUGA